GUGUACCAUGACCACAGACGUAACACAUGAGAACGAAUUGUGUCAAGUUUCUCACCGCUGUCAUUUGAUGAACAUUCGUUGACGACUGUAUCAAAUUUGUUUUCUAGGUGGUUUGUAAGUAAUUUAAUUAAUUUAUAGUUAAAAGGUAUGGCGGAUACAACGGUAGACGCAACACGCCGUUUAAAUGUUAAGAAACAAACCCUGGAUGACGCUUACGCAGCACCUGCAAAUUUUCUCGAAAUUGACGUGAUUAAUCCAGUCACACACGGUAUCGGCAAGAAACGAUACACUGAUUAUGAAGUUCGCAUGAGGACAAAUCUUCCAGUUUUUAAAGUAAAAGAUUCCACAGUAAGAAGAAGAUACAGUGACUUUGAGUGGCUGAGAAAUGAAUUAGAAAGAGAUAGUAAGAUUGUAGUGCCUCCUCUACCAGGGAAAGCUUGGAAGCGUCAAAUGCCUUUUAGAGGAGAUGAUGGUAUUUUUGAAGAAGAUUUUAUUGAAGAUCGAAGGAAAGGUUUAGAAGCUUUUGUUAAUAAAAUAGCAGGACAUCCAUUAGCACAGAAUGAACGAUGUUUACAUAUGUUUCUGCAAGAACCUGUAAUAAACAAGAACUACGUACCUGGAAAAAUACGUAAUACAUAAGUUAUAAUAAGACUUAUUGCAAGUAUAUUUUCCUUCCCACCUUCAAAAUUGAAAAGUAAACUGAUAUACAGCAAUUUAAUUAAGCACAUGAAAUUCAUCAAUUUCACAGUAUGGCUUAAAAAUAAAAUAUCAAAAUAAAAGUUAUUCAUUUACAAAUUGUUCAGUAGAAAAAAUACUAAAUAAUUUUACUUUUUUUAAAUAACUCCGGUAAUUUUCUCUGUACACGUCACAACUUUUUAUAUAUAUAUAUAUAUUACAGAAAUAUUUUAACAUUAAAAAAUAUACAGAAAAAUUUAAUAUUUUAAUAUAGUGGUUUCUACUGGACAGUUUGUAAGUAGUGUAUAAAUCAUAGUUUGUAAACUGUGCUAUCACAAGCUAAAUGGAUAAGAUAAAUUGAUUUAUAAGUGGAGGUGAAAUCUUUUAAAAAUUGUUUAUAAUUUGAUAUUCUUUACAUAAAGAAAUGUUAAAAAUCUAAGAUUUUUUCAACUCA